UGCGCGUCCCAGUCAUGUGACAACACCUCAGCACGCCUGCGCACAGAAAUAGAAGAUGGCGGAGAGUGCGGACCUGAAGCAAAUGGUGAUGAGCCUGCGGGUGUCAGAGCUGCAGGUGCUGCUGGGCUACGCUGGGCGCAACAAACAUGGACGCAAGCACGAGCUGCUGACCAAGGCACUCCACCUGCUGAAAUCCGGCUGCAGUCCUGCCGUGCACAUGAAGAUCAAAGAGCUCUACCGAAGACGCUUCCCUGCCAAAAUGGUCUCCCACCCCGAGCUGGCGCUGACCGGGCCGCACCACCCAGCGUCGGUCGGAGUCGUCGGGGGAGGCGGGGCGGCGCUGCCCGCCGGCCUGACGCAGCUGGCGUACGAGGGCCACGCCGGCCACGGCGGCGCUCCGUCGCCCGCUGCCUUACUGCCGCUCUCGCUGCUCGGACCCGGGAAGCACGAGCUGACUGCGCUGACGCACCACUUGCCCACUUCGGCCUCGCUGCACCCGGUCCACCCGGAUGUUAAGCUCCAGAGGCUGCCUUUCUACGACCUGCUCGACGAACUCAUCAAGCCGACAAGUCUAGCGUCAGACAACAGCCAGCGGUUUCAGGAGACGUGUUUCGCCUUCGCGUUAACGCCACAGCAGGUCCAGCAGAUCAGCAGCUCCAUGGACAUCUCGGGGACCAAAUGUGACUUCUCAGUUCAGGUUCAGCUCCGGUUCUGCCUGUCGGAGACAAGCUGUCCUCAGGAAGACCAUUUCCCUCCCAACCUCUGUGUCAAAGUCAACGGGAAGCCAUGCAACCUGCCGGGUUAUCUUCCUCCAACCAAAAACGGCGUCGAGCCCAAGCGGCCGAGCCGGCCGAUCAACAUUACCUCACUUGUCAGAUUGUCCACCACGGUCCCAAACACCAUCGUGGUAUCGUGGACUGCAGAGAUCGGAAGGAGUUACUCCAUGGCGGUUUACUUGGUGAAGCAGCAGUCCUCCACGGUGCUGCUACAAAGGCUGCGGGCGAAAGGCAUCAGAAACCCAGACCACUCCAGAGCGCUCAUCAAAGAGAAGCUCACAGCGGACCCUGACAGUGAAAUAGCUACAACCAGCCUGCGUGUGUCCCUGCUCUGCCCGCUGGGGAAGAUGCGGCUGAUGAUCCCGUGCCGGGCGCUGACCUGCUCCCAUCUGCAGUGCUUCGACGCCACGCUUUACAUCCAGAUGAAUGAGAAGAAGCCCACCUGGGUCUGUCCUGUCUGUGACAAGAAGGCCCCGUAUGAGCAUCUCAUCAUCGACGGACUUUUUGUGGAGAUCUUGAACAGCUGCUCAGAUUGUGAUGAGAUCCAGUUUAAGGAGGAUGGCAGCUGGGCCCCCAUGAGGUCUAAGAAGGAAGUGCAGGAGGUCUCCUCAGCUUCCCUUAACAACGGCCUGGAUGGCUCCUGUCGGACGUCUGAAGGCUCAGAUCAGCACAGCUCCUCGUCCUCCAGCCACAGCGACAGCAGCCACAGCAAAAAGGUGGAAGUGAUCGACCUGACACUCGACAGCUCCUCGGACGAAGAAGAACCAGAUUCCCCGCCGCCGCCUCCUCCUCCUCUUCCUCCUCCUCCGCCUUCCUCUGCAACACUUCCUCCUCCAGUCAAAAGAGCGUGUCCGUCUCUGUCUCCGACCUCGCCGCCUGUCAUAAACAAAGGGGUGUUGAACCUGCACCACCAGGCCUCUCCCGUCAGCCGCACCCCCAGCAUGCCAGCCAUGGACACCAACUACAUCCCUCCGGUGCCCCCACUCAUCCAGGACUACAGGCCCUACUACCACACCCCCAACGACCUGUCAGAGUUGAACUUCUUCUCUUUUCUUCAAGGAGACAAUCAUCAGCAUUACAACAUGGUCAUGGCGGCGGCGGCGGCCGCCUCGGCCUCAGAGGACCACGAGCUUCUCCUCAACCGCUUCCUGCCCUACAGCACCUCCUCGUCGGCCUCCCAGCUGUUCCUUGACCAAUCAGGUACCCCCUCGCUGACGGCGCCGACCAACGGGGUGAGCAACGCGGGCGGCGGCGCCGGCUUGAUCUCAUCCAGUAGCCUUCGAGACACUCACUCCACACACUCGUCGUCUUCGCACUCGUCCUCACACCCCUCACACACACACCCCGGGGUGGUGGCCAGUCGAAGCAGCGCCGAAGCGGCAGUGGCAGCUAUCUACGGCGGGAUACCUGACGUCAUAUCGCUGGACUGACCCGAGGCGGGGGGUGACGCUCUGGGUCCAGUGUGAAUCCAGUACCACGCCGGACCCAGUGCUGACCGCAGGGGAAACUUUUUUUUUUUUUUCUUGUUUUGCUCCAGAGAUUAGACCGGCCCCAAGUCAUCAAACUCUGUCAGCCUUUUUGGAGCCAUAAUGUGGAGAAAAGCACUAAAUAUCUGAGUGGGUGACAUCACUUUAAGGGAGGGGGAAAGGAGAGAGAUGCGGACUUGGUGUUACUGACCUCAGAUGAGAAACCAGUCCGGCGUUUGGACCACCUGAUCUUUACUGGUACAAACUUGGCACAAACAGCGGAGAUGCUGCCCGAGUGGAAAAAAAACACAAGGUUGGAGGGUUCCUUAUUGUUUUUUUUGUUUUGUUUUGUUUUUUCCUUUCUACAAAAACAAGGCGCAGCACCGUGACCAGAGAACAAAAUCUAUUUUCCUCUUUUACUUUUCUAUGUCAGGAACGUUUUCAGUGUUGUGAGCUGCUUCUGUCGCAGUUUCCAGGUGGAGGACUGGACCUCCUUUCCCUUCAACACCUGCUGCCAUGUUUGCUUAACUUUCCAUCCGCAUCUCCAACGGCAACCACGUUCCUUUUUUUUUCUCCCUCUUUGACCUCAUGUCCAGAUUCAUUGUGUAUUUUUUUCCUCUAUAAUGAGACUGAAUUAACAGUUGAAUCAUGUUGUAGUAGAUUUAAUAUUCUUUUUAACUUAUGUAUGAUAUUUAAACAGUGAAAUAUGCAUUCCCCCUUGACUUUCAGGUUGAUUCUGUGUUGGUUGUUUUCACUCCUUGUAAAGAAUCUGCCGGCAUACAGCAUUUAAACUGUCGAAGCUAUUUAUACUUGCCAAUUUAGACUUUUAGCUGGAAGAUUUUUUUUUUUUUUUUGCACAAUGCCAAAAAGUAGGUACUAAUAUGAAAGUGAUCUGAGUGCUGUUGAAUGUGUGUGUGUCAGUGUUUUCAGUCCGUUUCUCCGGGUUCAGCGUGUUGCUUCGCGUCUCUUGCGGCUGACUGUUAUAAAAGGAUUUUCCGGCGAAGCCGUCGUAGCGACGCCGGGCCUUUUGAAGACACAGGCGUCCACAGCAUGCGACCAAGCUUAAAGCAGUGCCUGUUUAUUACGUGCGCGUGUUUGAGGAACCUUAAAGUAAUGUCUUAAAAUCGUCACUUUUUUUUGCAUCUGACGUUUUUGAACCGGUCUAUCCGCUCCACACCCAUCCGGGGGGAGGGGGCGAGUUGAGUCGGGACGGAGCGCUUGCGGUAGACGUCUUGAGAAGUGAAAGACGGCGGCCUCGGAAGGUCAACGCGGGCUCCGCUCCGAAUUAGGCGGUUUAAAAAUGCAUGGCCUGUCAGGAGAAUGCCUUGAGUGUUGCAGCAAAGCGCGUUCGCUGUUUUUCACGCAUGGUUUGCUCGUGAAUGUACUCCUCUUUUUUUUUCUUUUUUUUUUUUUUUUUUAAACAACACACACUUUCGUUUGUCGUUAUCGAAGCCGUGUUUCUCCGUCAUCCUUUAAAUGUUCCCAGCGUCUGGCGUUAUGAGCGUCUCUUUGACGUCCCGCUUCCAGGCGCCGGAGACAGGCAGCGCCUAAUUAUUCCAGGGAUCAUGAGAUAAUGGGCUCUGACAGCGGCUCCCGUCGGCUCACCUCCCUCCUCCCGCCGCCCCGUCCCAUUCCGUGAUAUCCGGACGGGGAUUUGACACGGGGUGACCUCCUCCUCCUCUCCCCUCUUCCAUCCACUUGGCAUUUCUAACUUCAUUCCCUGCUCUUCUCAUGGGAACCAACUCCUGCCUCUCCGUAUGACUCCAUCAUCUGCUGGAACAAGUUCUUUUAGUGUAUUUCCUGUGUUGUGCAGUAUUUUAUUUAUUUCGUAUCAUUCGUGUCUAUAUAUUGAAUUUUUAUUUUAUUUUAUUUUUUACAAUUUGCUCAGUGGCUUGAAGCGCGUGUGAGUCACUGUCAUGUGGGAGCCGGUUGUGAAAAGAUUUUAUUUAAUAUGCGUUGAAUAAUUAUUUAGCAGCAGCUCGACUACUCAGAAAGGUGUUGUGAUGAUUCUCUAGGGAAAUAAAUGCCACCGUGCAUUUUACUCGGUAGCAGACUCUGGUAAUCCUUUUAUGGGCACAAAGCGAAUGCUUAAUUAAUUCAUGCAUGAUUAAUUGUUUCUUUUGAAUUAAUUGUGUUAAUGCAGCGAUGUAGAAAGGUGUGCUGAAAAAAAACAAACAAAAAAAGAAAAUAGGCUGCACAACCAGAAACCCAGCAGAAAAAUCCAAAUAUCAGGUAGUUUUCCGAGACUCCCAUCAGCCUCAGCUGUUUGGCUGAUAAUAACGUAAAGGAUAAAGAUGAGACACGUUAAACACGCUAGUAGGCAUGGGGCUGGUUUCCACUAUGUUUCAUAUCCUCUUAAUUUGAAAGUGCAGAGGGGAAGUGCCUGUCUGUUUGGAGCAGGUGUGGGAACUAGCGCCACCUAUCUCUUUCUGUGUUAAUGCUGUUUUGAAGCUGCAGUUGGAAAGUACAAGUUGCUCUUAAACAGACAACUCAAACAGUCAUUUUCUGUGCAUAAACUCUCAAAGUACCAUGAAAUUUAUCAAAUGUUUUAUUCUAUGUUUUGGCCAAAUGGACCAUUAUUUAUGUCGCAUUUCUGAAAUCUGUACAAAGUUUUAUUUUCCAAAUCAAUGUUUCAAAAUAAACCCUAGAAAACCGAUACUUAAAAUAAAUGUAGCUAGUUAUUACCCACCUCUGGUUCCAAUAAGUGAAGCAUAAAAAUAGUUGGUCGUUUAUCCAAACGAGUCUUUAAUUGGGACAUUUACCACAAACCAAAACAAGAGAAUACUCACUUUUCUGCUCACUAAUAAAAAGUAAACAUAAAAAAACAUCUCAGGAAAAAAAAAAA